AUGAUAUGGAUGAACCUGCUCUCCGGUGAAAUCCCAGAAGAGCUUACGUACAUUCAAACUCUCGAGAAUUUGAUCCUCGAUUUCAAUUAUUUAACCGGAUCAAUCCCAGCUAGUUUAAGCAACUGCACCAAUUUGAAUUGGAUUUCCCUUUCCAACAACAGAUUAGGCGGCGAAAUUCCGGCAGCCCUUGGUCAGUUAUCCAACCUUGCCAUUCUUAAACUCGGGAACAACUCAUUUUCCGGGAACAUUCCGCCGGAGCUUGGGGAUUGUAAAAGCUUGGUAUGGUUAGAUCUCAACACCAAUCAGUUAACUGGCACUAUCCCACCUGCUCUCUUCAAGCAAUCUGGAUACAUCGCUGCUGCAUAUCUUACCGGGAAACCAUUUAUAUACAUCAAGAACGACGGGAGCAAGCAGUGUCACGGCGCCGGAAAUUUACUGGAGUUUGGAGGAAUCCGUCGAGAGGAUUUAGACAGGAUUUCGUCGAGACAUCCCUGUAACUUCACGAGAUUGUACUUAGGGAUCACUGAGCCAAACUUCAACCAUAACGGAUCAAUGAUCUUCUUUGAUCUUUCGUAUAAUAAAUUGGAGGGAGGAAUCCCAAAGGAGCUUGGAUUAAUGUAUUAUCUCUUCAUACUGAAUUUGGGGCAUAACGAUCUUACAGGUCCGAUUCCCGAUGAACUUAGCGGGUUAAAGACGAUAGCGAUUCUUGAUUUAUCACACAACAGACUCAACGGAUCAAUCCCAAAUUCGUUGACCACCCUCGGUCUUGGUGACGCCGAUCUAUCCUACAAUAAUUUAUCAGGAAGCAUCCCGGAAUCUGCUCCGUUUGACACGUUUUCACCGGACAAAUUCUCAAAUAACUCCGGUCUCUGCGGGUACCCUCUACCUGCAUGUAAACAUGAUCCAAACGGUAAAUCGAACUCUCAUUCCAAGUCCAACAGACGGGAAGCUUCCCUCGCCGGAAGUGUCGCCAUGGGGUUACUCUUCUCGUUGUUCUGUAUCUUUGGAGUCAUCAUAAUCUUAGUAGAAAUGCGAAAAAGAAAACGGAAGAAGGCGGCCGCAGCCCUCGAAGCAUACGCCGACAACGGCAAUUCGUAUUCCGGCGGCGGCGCUGCCCACACAAGCACUGCAUGGAAACUAACCAGCACCCGCGAAGCUCUAAGCAUAAGCCUCGCCGCUUUCGAAAAACCCUUGAGAAAACUCACAUUCGCCGAUCUUUUAGAAGCCACAAACGGGUUCGACAACAACAGUAUGAUCGGGUCCGGCGGAUUCGGUGACGUUUACCGGGCCCAAUUAAAGGAUAACUCCAUCGUUGCAAUAAAGAAGCUAAUCCACGUCAGCGGGCAAGGUGAUCGAGAAUUCAUGGCGGAAAUGGAAACAAUCGGAAAAAUAAAACACCGGAAUCUCGUCCCGUUGUUGGGUUACUGUAAAGUCGGGGACGAAAGGUUACUUGUAUAUGAAUACAUGAAAUUCGGAAGCUUAGAAGACGUGUUACACGAUCGGAAGAAAACAGGACUGAAAUUAAACUGGAAUACAAGACGAAAAAUCGCAAUCGGAUCAGCCCGAGGGCUAGCUUUCCUCCACCAUAACUGCAUCCCUCAUAUAAUCCACCGUGACAUGAAAUCGAGCAAUGUUUUACUCGAUGAAAAUCUGGAAGCCCGGGUGUCGGAUUUUGGAAUGGCGAGACAUAUGAGUGCCAUGGACACGCAUUUGAGUGUGAGCACGUUAGCAGGAACACCAGGGUAUGUCCCGCCUGAGUAUUACCAAAGCUUUAGAUGUUCAACAAAAGGGGAUGUUUACAGUUACGGGGUGGUGCUUCUGGAGCUUUUGACCGGAAAACAACCAACAGAUUCUCCGGAUUUUGGUGAUAAUAAUCUUGUUGGGUGGGUGAAACAGCAUGCAAAGACGAAGAUAAGUGAUGUUUUUGAUCGGGACUUGUUGAAGGAAGAUCCAGGGUUGGAAAUUGAGUUAUUGCAGCACCUUAAGGUGGCGGUGGCUUGCCUGGAUGACCGGCCAUGGAAGCGGCCGACGAUGAUUCAGGUGAUGGCGAUGUUUAAGGAUAUUCAGGCGGGGGCAGGGAUUGAUUCGGGUUCCGCCAUUGCCACCGGUGAUGCUCAUUUUAGCACGGUUCCAGAGGUGGAGAUGACCAUUAAAGAAGACGGCGAACAAGGGAAACAGUGA